UCUGGGAGUGAUGGCUAACACGACCACUCCUCCGUCACAACAUAUUCCAACCACAUCGCAACUCGAGCUGAUCGACGUCAUGACAGACCUGUAUGGAGAUGGCAUAUAUCCGAUCCUUCUAUGCCCUCCGUACCUCCUUAUGGACGUCAUCAAGAUCAACAAUCUCCGCUUCCAAACGACAUGCUCCCCAAUAACUGACUCCACACGAGCGACAGCGCACGAGAUUCUUGAGCACAUUGAGGCCUUCUCUCCGGAAGACUGGACCGGCACCCACCCCGACGCACGGGAGGACUGGUUGCUCCUGGGACGCAUGUACCGGUCCUCCAUAGCACUGUACUGUAUCUCAUCUCUCCAAAGCCUCUCCAUCAUUUCCUCCAUUACCCGUCGCCCCCGUAUCAAACAUUUCGCGAUAUGGCCACUCGUCGUGGCGGGGAUGCAGGCCGUUGAUGCGAGUCCUCACAUUCGUCAUAUCGUCGAUGAUCAAUUAUCGGAGUUGAGCAAAAUCAUGGGGUGUCCGACGCCUACAUUAGCGGGCGCUGUGUUCCACAGGUUUUGGGCUUCGGGCCAAACAGGAUGGGACGACUGCUUUGAUAAAGCAUACGUGUUUGUGGCAUAGUUCUAGAAGCUAUAUGGAACAAUGGACAAGCAGGUCAAGGCUAUGAGUUCCAAGUAUUAUGGCGUGCAGGGACCAGAUCCCAGUUUCAAGAGGCCCCAAAACUACGUCACGCUUCAGAUGAUG